AUGGCAGCGCCUCGAUACACGUACCGCGUGAUCUUCCUCUCCGUCUUCUUCAACCUUCCUACCCGUCUCCAGUUCUCAUCCCAUCGCGGGCCGCUGCCGCCUGACUCACCCCUUCUCAGCUGGUCGCUGUGCCUCGUGACAUCAUCGUCCCCAACGGUCCGUGGCCUCACAGUACACUAUGGAUACACAUCCUCCAACACGUUACCAGCAGGUCACCACCACCACAAGAAGAAGAAGCUCUACCUCGAGCGUCCUCUGCCCGACGAGAUCCGCAAGCGCACCCGCGUCACCCGCAUCGCGCCGCCCUCACCACCUCCUCCUCCGCCGCCCUGCCCCGCGCCCGUCGUCAUCUGCCCCGUCCCGCAACCAGAGCCAUGCCUCCCACCAGCACCGCCGCCGCCACCGCCGUGCCUGCCAGAGCCGGAGCCCAUCAGUGUCAUCGCCGUCGACGUCGAAGAGGACCCCCCGGCGCGCCACCACCACCACCGCCCGCGCCGAAUCCGCGAGCGCAUCAUUGAGCGCGACCGCUACAUCCCCGUGCCCGUCCGCGUCCCCGUGCCAUAUCCCGUCCGCGAGCCCGUGCCGUAUCCCGUCUACGAGCCGGCCCCGCCGGUCCACGUGCACGUUUCUACUACGGAGGCUGCCAAAACCCCCUCGCCGCCCCCGCCCCCGCAGUUUCGCUACAUUGAUGCCCCGCGGCGCCGCUCGCCCUCGCCUCCCAGCACCUCGUGCGAGUCUGACGACUUGGAGCGCAUCCGCAUUAACAUUGAGGAUCGCCAUCGCCAUCAGCACCGCCUCAGGGAACAGCCAGAGAGCUACUAUGACGAGGUGCAGUAUGACACGCGCCGCCGCAGCGAGCGCCCGACGUACCGGUACUAA